CUUCCGGCCCCGCCCUUUGCCGGGGUUCGGAGCCGGAGCCGGGCUGAGGUCUGCCCGCCUCUGCUCCCACGCUGCCCAAACCCCAUCUGGACCCCCGGCGCGGAGCCCUCGAAUGAAUGGCCUCCGCGGACGAGCUCAAGUUCCAAGAGUUGGACGAUGCCGCCCACCUGCUGGCAGGAACCCCCGAUGCCACGACGAUAAGCAUCGAUGAGCCCGGGCCCGGUGGCCGGAGGACCCAGGGCCGGCACGGGCUCCUCCGGGGCUCCGGGCGAGAGGAGGACGAGGAGCUGCUGGGCCACGAUGACUCGGAUCAAACGGAGUUACUUGCUGGGCAGAAGAAAAGUGCUCCCUUCUGGACAUUUGAGUACUACCAAACUUUCUUUGACGUGGACACUUACCAGGUCCUGGACCGCAUCAAAGGCUCCGUUUUGCCCAUCCCGGGGAAGAACUUUGUGCGACUGUACAUCCGCAGCAAUCCGGACCUCUACGGCCCCUUCUGGAUCUGUGCCACUCUGGUAUUUGCCAUUGCCAUCAGCGGGAACCUAGCCAACUUCUUCCUGCACCUGGGCAAGCAGACGUACCACUACGUCCCCGAGUUCCGCAAAGUGUCCAUUGCGGCAACCGCCAUCUACGCCUACGCCUGGCUGGUCCCCCUGGCCCUGUGGGGCUUCCUGGUGUGGAGGAACAGCAGAGUGGUCAGCCUCGUCUCCUACUCCUUCCUGGAGAUCGUGUGUGUCUACGGCUACUCCCUCUUCGUCUACAUCCCCACCGCUAUUCUGUGGAUCAUCCCACAGAAAGCCAUCCGAUGGAUCCUACUGUUGAUGGCCCUGGGCCUCUCGGGGUCCGUGCUGGUGAUGACCUUCUGGCCAGCGGUCCGGGAUGACAACCGGAGGGUCGCCCUGGCCACCGUGGGCGCCAUCGUCCUGCUGCACUCCCUCCUGGCCGUGGGCUGCCUGGCGUACUUCUUCGACGCCCCCGAGCUGGACUAUCUCCCCCCGCCACCGGUAGCGGGGCUGGCGACGGGGUCGAACCACACGCUCGGUGCGCUGACCACGAUGGCUGGCUAGGAGAGGUGAGACCGCUGCCUGUCAGAGACUGCUCUGCCCUCUGGGCUCCUGCCCUGCCAAGGAGCAAGUGGGGCCCCGCCAGCCCCUGAAAGAGAGGAGAGAAGAGAAGAGGCAGACCCGGCUGAAAGGGGGAGCGCAGGCCACGCAGGCCUGUCCAGGCCUCCGCUUUCCAACUGGGAGCCGGAGCCGGACUGGGCCUGGUUUCCGAAUAAAGUGCAGCGGACGGCG